AUGGCGUCCGCGGUGCGCGCGUUCGUGAACUCGCCCACGGGACCGCGGACGACGCACUUUUGGGGGCCGGUGGCGAACUGGGGCUUCGUCCUCGCGGGAUUGGCGGACACGAAAAAGGCGGAGGAUAAGAUCAGUGGACCCAUGACGGGGGCGCUCGUGGUCUACUCCGGGUUGUUCAUGCGGUUCGCGUGGCGCGUGGCGCCGAGGAAUUACAUUUUGUUGGCGUGUCACACGGCGAACGCGCACGUGCAGGCGUACAACCUCCAGCGAUGGGCGCGAUGGCAGUACGCGAACGAUCUCGACGUCGGCGUGGAGGCGAGUAAGGAGGCGUGA